AUGCAAGCCUUUGACAGCUAUUUCAAUAUUUGUCUCCGGCUUGUGACGGCUCUACUGGCAAUCGGGACCAAUGUGUUGAUCGUCUACACCAUUCAACGAUUCCCGCGUCUCCGCGCGAAGCCCUACAAUGGACUCAUCUCAAUAUUGGCCAUCGCCGAUCUAUUCGUUGGUGCAGGUCUCUUGAUUCGCGUGGUCGAAUCGAUUGUGAGAGAGUUUCAAGGGCAAACGAUGUACAGCACUCGAGCGUGCACAAUGCUGGGUGCUCUCCAUCUGUUUGGCUAUCACAUGAAUCAGAUGGCGAUCCUUGUCAUUGCAGCCGAUCGGUUGUACGCCGUGUUGUCGCCGAUUGAGUAUAAGAAUCGAGACCCAACACCCUACGUUUUGCGCAGCUUCUUUAUCGUGCUGAUCCCAGCAAUCGUUGGAAUUGCAAUAAGAUUGAGUGAGCUCGAGUUCGAGGACGAUCAAACCGACGUGUGCAACUUGAGCACCACCAAUAUUGACGGGCUUUUCGCACGUUUCUGGUGGACCCCAUUCUUCAUCGGCAUCUCGAUCGCCAUUUUCAUAAUCUACGGCGCAACAAUUUGCGUAAUUAGAAAAGGGUUCCGCGCGGAGGGCAGCGAGCGCGAAUUUUCUCGACAGCGGAAAGUGUUCGUGACGAUAUCGCUGGUGCUGCUCACCUACAUUUGCUGCACAAUGAUGCCGGCGGUUUUCGUGUCGAUCGGGGUUUAUGCAAGGGCAGAUCCCAGCUGGUUUUCCGCGGUCUGCAUCUACGGUGGUCUCGUUUCCGGGCUGAACUCGGCGUCGAACAUUUUCAUUUACGGCUGGAAAUACGAGGAACUGCGGAACGGGAUGAUCCAGGUGGUAACCUGCCGCCCGGCCACCAUCCAACGCGAAAACAGCUCCUACAAUGUGCUAAAUAAGCAGGCUCGCCGGGACGACGUUUUUCUG